ACCACUCAUUCGUAGUAAACACGGCCGUGUUUAGCACCAUAUUGUAGUAAACGUCGCGGGUGGCAUUUAGCAUAGGGACAGCCGGGAACCGGAAGAUUGACCGAUUAGUGAUGAUUGUGUGAUUGAUAUUUUAUUAAUAUUAUGAAUAUUAGUUAAUAAUUUGUGUAUGAAUUUAAAAGCGAUACAGAUUAUGAAUGUAUUGAAUUGUUUUUCGUUCUCCAAAUUUUAUGGUUGAGGUAUCAUUUUAUCAAAAAAUUUGUUGAUGCGUUUGUGAAUUAUAUAAUUUAAUUCAGCACUUCACUUUGACUAUUCAAAUCGUUGGCGUUUCGUCGGCGUCCUUGGUCGGCGUCCAUUUCUGUUCAGGUUGUUUCUUGAUAGUGGAUACUUUGCUAUCGGAUUUGUCAUGGGUAAGUCAACAAAGUGGCUGUGGCUAGUGCUCUGAAUACCUGUUGUAUUUUUUAGGAGGAGUUUCUUCACAAUGAAAGAAUAUUUAUCAGCAGUAAGCCGCCAAAACAACCCCAUUUGUGCUGCCUUGGCAAUGGGAAAGGCAGAAGUAUGCCUGGAAAACGGCCUGGUCAAAGGAAGUUUCAGGCUAAGGCAAAGAACAGCAAAGGAACAGCACGGCACAAGCAAGGCUACAUUCCUAUCAGCUCGGCAACUGGUUUGCCAGCUGUGCCUCAGUCUUCAAAUGAGCAAGGGUUGGAUACUAUAGUGGUCAAUACCAUGGCUACAGACGAGCAUGCACUGGGGCAGACAUGGAGCCAGAGACAAGAAGCAGAGACUGAAAAUUGGGACGGAGCACGUGGACCGCUCUACGACAACGCGUUGUCUGCAUUUGCUGUCCCCACUGGCACCCUGCCGUGCGUCAUCUGCGGUGGUGUAGCCACUGUUGUCUGCCGAAAUUGUCCUUCGAGCGUUCUCUGCACGAAAUGUGACGUGGACCAGCACACUCUUCAGCCAUUUCAUAAAAGGCGACACUGGACUCGUCAGUUUUGGGAAGUUCUGCCUGCAAGGUCAUCUGUUACGCAAGCCGGAGAGUUUGUCCAGUUUGAUCCGGUUUUGCCUUUGCACGAGAUCACAUCAGCCUGUUGCACAUGUACAGGAAAGAUGCAAAUGGAAUCUUCAUCAUUUUCAACGACGUGCAUCACUAUGCAAGGUCGGUAUAACCUGCUUCUACCGGUCUGGACGUGUGCCUCCUGCAAGUCGGUGAUCGAAGUCACCAACUCUGAUCUUAUGCGGUGUGGCUUCUACAGAGCAUCUCCAAUCAAGAUGUCCACAGUCGUCCAUGAAGAUGUUUUCGUAACAUGGCAAUCAUUGAAGUACCACUCACCUGGCACGUCGCUGACGGCAUUCGUGGCCUCUCUGGAAGAACUUGGGAAGUCAUAUGGCUCUCCUGGGCCGGUCGACUUCGAACGCCUGGAAAAGGCAUACACAGAGUGGACAUGCAUGCAGUUCGAACUCCAGAGGCUCGUGUGUUCCGACUUCAUGGCCUGUGAGGCCUGCGGAGAUGAGCCGAAAAUAGUUCAUGUGGAUGGCAACUUCAAGCUCUACCGUUAUCAGUCGUCCGGCAGUGGGGAGAUGACAUCCGCCUACCAUCUAGGCACGCUCAUCGAGGACAAGGAAGCGGUGGAUAGUCACUUCAACAAAACGAAGAUCGUUACGAAGACAAACAACCGAUGCGGUAUCUCGUCCUGGGCUGCUGGUCGGAACGCUCCGGGACGUGUUCCAUCCAAGAAGACGCAGGACGAGACGGGACUGAUCGUGGCAACGUGUCGCCACAGCGUCAUCCUCGGUGGUGUCAAUAUGUAUCGCGGGGAACUCUUCGCAUACAGUCACUACCUACAGCAGAAGAGGUUCCCCAACGGCCUGCAAUACUUUGCUAGUGACAUAGUAUGCAAGUAUUGGCCCUGGACGCAGCGCGUGGGACAACUCUUUCCUGAACAUGCCACGCACGACACGAAGCCGUUCUUGAGCGUGAUGCACGCUAUGAGUCACGCCUACUACUGCCAGAUAGCCUAUGGGGGCUUUUGGCAAGAAGGGUCGGGAUGGUCGGUGAUGGAAACAACUGAGAUGGCGAACGCCUUCCUGAGUCGUGCCUCCAACACCACCAAGUACAUGACCUCUGCCCAGCGCGUGGACUCUCUCACCGACCUGGUACUGUGCUACAAUCGCAGUAAGCAUCUGCGCAUGCCAGAGCUCCUGGUAAAGAGGAAAGAAGACGCUAAGAAAAGGCUCCCGAGCCUUGAAAAGAAGCUAGCGUCUCUCCUGCAGGAGCAUGGUGUAGACGCCAGUCAGAUAGAUGUGCUUGUGGAACAGCUGCAUCUGUUAGCCACUUCCCUCUCGAUGCGCGACAGGCGUGCUAGCGGUACCGACCUAGAGAACGCCAUCGAGAUGACGAGUGACAGCUGGCGAGUGCGACGUUCGGCUGUGACGAACGUGGCUACGUCGUCAAAGGCGCGUAUCGCAGCACGGAGGAGGAUGCAACAAGACCACAUCAAGCUGAAGACACUGCUUGCUAAAUACGCGCGUGAAGCUGGAGUCACUGUGGCGGUAGAAGAUGCCCAGGAAGGGUGCUUCCCAUGGCAUACCCACUCAACGGAGGGUAGUUCCGUCUCCCUGUCCGCCAAACGUGUGAUUUGCGACACAGUCAUGCGCAUCCGUCGGACACGGGAAGAAGUGCUGAUCGUGGAUGGCGAGAUGGAGCGCCUUCUAUCUGCCUCUUCUGGUGCCAUUCAUAUGCUGAAAUACCCGCUUGCUAUGAUAGAAGAGCAGCUGAGCCGCCCAGAUCAUGAGCGCGAGUCAGUCUUGGAGCCUUCAUCAAGGACGGACCGGUAUUCCAUCCGGCAGCAGUCGACCUCCGUUCUGCGUGGCCUUAGAAGUCUCAUCCUCGAGGCACUCAGCUACCGACAAGAGUACCUGAACUUUGCACGCUCCCGCUUCCAGCAAAAUGUUGCACAAGCAACUAGCCAUCAGUGACCUUCCUGUGAGUCACGCGGGCGGCAGUACUGCAGCAGCAGCAGUACGGCAGCAACAGUCACAACAACAGCGAGGGCGUCAUCACCAGUACCACUGCUGCAGCACCAGCCGCAUGGGCGUCGUGUGGCCUUCGGUGCAAUCAGAUUAUUCAGCAUUUCUUCUCCUACCCUGUAUUAUGUGCUUCAUGCUGUUCGAUAUAAAUUUCUUCAUUGUU